AUGUCAAGUAAGAAUACCCGUAUUGCGAUUGUCAACGAGGACAAGUGCAAGCCUAAAAAGUGCCGGCAAGAAUGUAAGAGAUCUUGUCCUGUUGUGAAGACUGGUAAACUUUGUAUUGAGGUGACGCCGACUUCGAAGAUUUCAUUUAUUUCUGAAACUUUGUGCAUUGGUUGUGGUAUUUGUGUUAAAAAGUGUCCGUUUGAUGCUAUCACUAUUAUUAAUUUGCCUACUAAUUUGGAUGCUCAAGUGACACAUCGUUAUUCAGCGAAUUCAUUUAAGCUACAUAGGUUACCAACACCAAGACCAGGUCAAGUUUUAGGUUUGGUUGGAACCAAUGGUAUUGGUAAAUCGACCGCUUUAAAGAUUUUGGCAGGUAAGCAGAAGCCAAACUUGGGGCGGUUUGAUGAAGCGCCUGAAUGGUCCGAUAUUAUCCGUUAUUUCCGUGGUUCUGAAUUGCAGAAUUACUUCACUAAAAUGCUAGAGGAUGAUAUUAAGGCUAUCAUCAAGCCGCAAUAUGUAGACAACAUUCCUCGAGCGAUUAAGGGACCAAUGCAGAAAGUCGGUGAAUUGCUGAAGGCUAGAAUGGAGAAACCAGAAGACAAAGUAAAAAAUUAUAUUAAAAUUUUGGAGUUGAAGAACGUGCUGAAGAGAGACAUAUCGGCGUUAUCGGGUGGUGAGUUGCAAAGAUUUGCAAUUGGUAUGUCUUGUGUCCAGGAAGCUGAUGUUUACAUGUUUGAUGAACCAUCUUCUUACUUGGAUGUCAAGCAACGUUUGAAUGCCGCUUUGAUUAUCAGAUCAUUGCUGAAUCCAACUACUUAUGUUAUCUGUGUGGAGCACGAUUUAUCUGUAUUGGAUUAUCUAUCUGAUUUUAUCUGUAUUCUAUAUGGUGUUCCAUCUGUCUAUGGUGUGGUGACUUUACCGUCAUCUGUUAGAGAAGGUAUCAAUAUUUUCUUAGAUGGUCAUAUUCCAUCUGAGAACUUGCGUUUUAGAAACGAAGCCCUACAGUUCCGUAUGACAGAAGCAGUUGAUGAGCUACAGUUAGACGCUACUAGGGCAUUCCAAUAUCCAAAGAUGAAACGUACACAAGGUGAUUUCACCUUGACAGUAGAGUCAGGUGAAUUUUCAGAUUCUGAAAUCUUAGUCAUGAUGGGUGAAAACGGUACUGGUAAGACUACGUUAAUCAAGCUUCUUGCUGGCGCAAUUCCUGCUGAUGAUGGUGUAGAUGUUCCAAAGCUAAAUGUUUCCAUGAAGCCCCAGAAAAUUGCUCCAAAAUUCCCAGGAACUGUGCGUCAAUUGUUUUUCAAAAGAAUUAGAGCUCAGUUCUUAAACCCACAAUUCCAAACUGAUGUUGUUAAACCACUGAAUAUUGAGGAUAUUAUUGAUCAAGAAGUUCAGCAUUUGUCUGGUGGUGAAUUACAACGAGUUGCAAUUGUUUUGUCUUUAGGGCUAUCGGCAGAUAUCUACUUAAUUGAUGAACCUUCUGCUUAUUUGGACUCUGAACAACGUAUUAUAUGCUCCAAGGUCAUCAGGCGUUUCAUUUUGCACAAUAAGAAGACAGCUUUCAUUGUGGAACACGAUUUCAUUAUGGCUACUUAUCUAGCAGACAAAGUUAUUGUUUUCGACGGUACCCCAUCCAAAAACGCCUUUGCAAGAACCCCAGAAAGCUUGUUAACCGGUUGUAAUAGAUUCUUAAAAAAUCUAAAUGUCACUUUUAGAAGGGAUCCAAAUUCCUUUAGACCAAGGAUCAAUAAACUCGAUUCCCAAAUGGACAAGGAACAGAAGUUGUCAGGUAAUUACUUCUUUUUGGACAACAAUUCUGUUUAG